AUGAAUGACGGUCGGGACGCCCAACCUAAUCGUGGAGUGCCCAAUGCGGAGGCCAGUGCAAAUUUGUUGAACGCGACGUCUCCUGUGCCUCACAAUAUGUCAGUUACCGAGAACCAAACCACGCGAUCACAACAACCUUUGUCACUGCGCAUAGAUGGCUUGAGCGCUGUUACCGUCGCCCACGGCGAGGGUUACUCCACACCAGCCUACAUCGAAUCGUCGGAGCGCGGUAGCGAUACAUCGGAUGGUCGACGACUAGACCUUCACUCCGCUAGCACCCUUACAGAUUCCCUUUCCAGCUUUCUUUCCUCUACCAGUGCCGCCGACCAGUCGACGCAGCUCGACAGCCCACAUAAGUUGAAUGAACGUACAUCGACACCCCGGAUGGACCAGGAACCACCCGAUACCCACAUGGCCCCGCAGACCCAGCCGGUGAAUGGAGGCUCAAUAGAUCGAUGGCAACCGUCAUUGCCGCCCAUCAAAGCCGGCAAUACUUCUUUAUCACCCCCGCCCUCGCCAAAGAAUAUACACACGAGGUCGAACUUCGAUGCUGGGUUGGCUCUAAGCCAGAAAAGAAACGCCGCUGGCGAUUUCAAGUCAACUUUAGAUACCCCAAUAGUUCAUGAUACUGGCAUGAAUGGGACUGGGAGGCGCCGUUCAAAAAGUACUGGGUCGGCAUUGCAUGGGAAUAGGAUUGCGCAGCUGUCUGUCCAUAUUCGUUCACGUCUAUCAUACGCGGCCGCCAAGGUCGAACAAGCCCGACAGUCCCAGUCUCGCGAAGCUACUCCCCAAUUUGAACUUCGCACACAACACAGCGCAUCACCAUUAAGCACAUCGGGGCCAAGUGACAUCGUGUCUCUACCAGGCGGAAACACAACGCCCUUUUCGCGGAACUCACAAUCAUCAUCUCACAGCAACUCUCAUCACCCAGGCCAUAAUCGCUCACGAUCAGCAUUUUCAUCUAAUCACUUUCUCCCAAUCCCCAAGCUAGCACCCCCCGUGGAUAUCAUCUCAUCGAACGGCCACAACCAGCGCCGUCGGCCGAAUCCUAAUGCAAUAUCCAAACCCCCAAUUUACAGCCCCAUCGCCCGCCACCGCCGCCACCAUUCUCACCAAGACAACGGAUUCAAUGCGCCUCUCAACGGCUCAGCCAUGGGCGCAGGAAUGCCUUCGCUCUCGUCAACACAUGCUCACGCACCAAAAUCCACUCCAAACGGAUUAUACGGGGGUCGCACCCCCUCCCAAAACACAUUAAUGGAACAAGACGCCAUCGAAACCUUGAUGUUCAUGUCCAGUCCCGAAAACUCAGGAUAUCGCUUCAGUCCUCGACCGCUGCAACCAGCGAGCACACAAAGCAGUCUCAACGAGUCACUCAGUGCCAGCAAUGGUACACACCCUCAUGAAAGUCGAGGCUCGCAGAGUUCCGAAUCUCAUAAUGGCCGAGGCUUUGAGACGAAGCCUGGACUAGAAGCCCAUGCGGGAGACGACAUUGAUCGCCUUUUGGAUCAGAUGGAUAGUGAUAGCGAGGACGAGGGGCGGUUCGAGCCAGUCCGUCGUGGGAUCAAGGGUGUUCAUCCUUUUAGGCACCCACAACGCCCGAGGUAA